CAUGGCAACAGUUGUCUAGAUAGCAUCCAAUUCUCUGUACGUUUUGUUUAUCAACAAAACAAUUCAAAAUACACACACAUAUAGCCAUGACACCCACACAGAAUACUGCUCUUUAUCUGCCAGGGGAAACCAUUCUCGUUUGUACAAAUUCGAUUUAAUGCACAACACACAACACCCAACACACACAAUACACGAUGGCCGAUGAUGAAGAUAAACCAAAGAAGCACACGCUGGACAGCCUGUUCUUGGUGUAUUCCAACUUCCAGGUCAUACCCACUGACAUCGAGAACGAGUACUUCGACAGCAUACUCCUCUCGCAGUUGGACGCCUGGCUGGAGCAGGCCAAGCUCAUGCCCAAUCCCAUAACUAGAACUCAGACCGGUCUGAUAUACAUGCGAUACAAGAAAUGGCGUUUGGAGUACGAAGACUUUCUGGAGGUCCUAAACAACUUGGCAUCCGAUAACAAUCUGCCUAUAGAUGACAUGAAGCAAAUAAUGAUCGAUGCUGGAGUCCCGAAUGGCGCUGAUGUGGUCAUAGUCGUCAAGUAGAUUGAAUAAUCACUGCAUUUUAUUUAUAUACAUACAAAUAGUCAGACAACAAAUUAUUAAUAGUAACAAUUGCAUACAAGAGUAACUUUGAUUAGUUCACAAAAAUUAUAGUAAAAUAUAAAAGCAUCCAACAAAGAGCCUCUAAACCCAAUUGGUUAAUUUCAGUUAGUUAAACACUUAUUUUGACGUAGAGGGUGCCUAGUUAAAGUGUGUUUUGAGAUUACUGAUCUGAAAACUAAAUACAAAAUAAAUGAUCAUAACAUUUUUUGAUGUGAUUCAAUAAA